AUGUCCAAAAUCAACUGGGACUAUUUAAGAACAUAUGAUAACCCUGAAGACUACGUCAGUGAGCUUUCUAAUGCAUUCAACCAAAUUGGCAAUGAUUCAGAAACAAUUGACCAGUUCUACAGAAUUAUCAUGAAGCAUUUCGAAGAUACAGUUCCAGAAGACAUCGGUAUUGCUACACUCAAUUCUCUCAAGCGUUUCAUCUCAUACAAGAUCAAGCGCGAUGUCUUCGUUCAGAAUAAGUACGCAGCAGCUCUUCCUUACAACCAGAAGAACCUUACAGAUGAUCUUCUUGAAGUUUUAUACAUCCUCGUCACACGUGCUCCAGAAGCUUUCACACAGGAAGUUGCUGAUGGUUUCUCCCGCAUGAUUGUUCGUCGUCCAAGGAAGGCCCUCCACAUUAUCUCAAUCUACGCCACAUACUUCAAAGGCCUCGAGAACGCAUGGCCACUUCUCGACGACCUCAUCCAAGGUCAACGCCGUUUCUCAGUUGAUGAGUGCGCAAAGGAGUACGUUCUCCUUCUUGCCUACCUCGUUACAGAGCACCGUGGCUUCCGUCGUGGCCGCGCUAAAGCUUGCUUCGAUUGCGUUGCUCAAAACCUCGAAUCCGAAAAUGAAGACGUUAUCAACGCUACAUACAGCGCUCUUGCUUCCAUCGUUUCUGUAGAGCAGAACAUUAUCGUUCCAUUCCGCGAAAUCCGUGCUCAUCUUCGUUUCCCACAAUUCGAAUCAAAGAUCCUCGAUUUCUUACUUGUUUGCCCACUCAACUUCGACGGCAUGGACAAUCCAAAGUUCCUCCAGGCCUUACUCAAGAUCGCAGCUCGUGGCGAAGACGAAGCCCAGAUUGAGAGACUCAGAAACGAAAAUGGAGUUGAAUACACAAAGGAAGAAUCCCUUGAUGUCUCCAACAGAGCCGCUCUCGUCUUAAUGAGACUCGCCGAAGACCGCAAAGUUCGAGAAACCCUCAUCAACACUCCAAAGUGGCUCAAGGCAGAUUUACCAACAACAAUCCAUACACUCAGACUUUUCCUCGUCAUCUUCAAGGAUAUGCAGUGCCGCGCAGUCCUUGGAAGAAAGCCAGAGUUCAUCGACUUCCUUUCAAACCUCAACGAAGUUGGCGAUGAGAGUAUUCACUCACUUAUCUGCACAAUCAUUCGUCGUAUCAACCUCAACGCUGCUCUUGUCAAGGAAAUGUCAAAGAAUGAAUUUAUUGCUGCAUUCCUCGGCAACGCUGAUGAAAUUGGCACUGACAACUCUCACUACUCCGCUAUUCUCUUUACAGAUACACUCUGCAAGAUCUGUUUCACAAAGGAAUUCAUCCCAAUGUGCGAAACAGUCUCAAACUUCAUCCAAGAGGGAGGUGACAACCUUUCUCCAGCUAUCAAACUCGCUACUGACCUCUGCAAACACCAGAGAUGCGUAGAAAAGUUCCAGAAACUCAGACUCGCUCCUUACCUCGAACGCAGAAUCAGCAAGAUGAAGAACAGAGGCCACAUCAGAGCUCUCAUCAAACUCAUCAAGGGCGAAGAAGAUAUGCCAUAA